CUCUUUGGUUUAUUCAAACUUAUUCAGUUUCUCCGUGUCUUGUCCUAAUAUGAGAUAGAUAACUAGCUUAUUAACUCCAGUUUUCUAAGGCUGAAAUAUCUGAAGUCUGUCUUGGGAGCUGCAUUGCCCACAGCUGGUUAUCUUUCAGCAUCCUAGUUGCUAGAUUUCUGCAUAAGUGAAUGAGUGCAUGAGGGAAUUGAGAAGUACUUUUAUUUUCCCCUUUGAAUUCUAAGGGGAAGAAGCUGGGAACUAAAACCUGUUGCUGUGGACAUCUUGCUCUGUGUGGUCAUCUCCCUUCAUUUUUUGGAUCACUGAUGCACCGUUGUCUCUCCUUGUUCCUGGAGAUACUGCCUCCUGCUGAGGGUUCAUCACUGCUUUCCUCUGUGUUUUUUGGUGCACUCUCAUAAUCAGUUUAGGUUGGGUUAAGACUUUGCUACUGCCAGAAAGCAAAGUUCUGUUAGUUCCUUGUGUCCAUGGAGUGAAUAAGUGUUUAACUUGCCCCUGGCUCAGCACACAGCCCAGCUGGGGUUGCUGUGGGGUGGCUGGGGAUGUGUGGGAAUGUGUGGCUGAGUGCAGAGGUGACAAGAGACUGCCCUUUUCUGCAAUAGUAACAUGGAAUUACACUGGAAUCUUCCUGAUGUGAAACCAUACUCUUGUAUACAGGAGUGCUGCUAUGUGGUUGUUUGGUUUUGGUUUUGUUUUUUUUUUUAGAGCUCCUGAUAAGGCAGUGCCCUGUGGCUUGGCUGUGUUAUAGUGUUUCUCCCCACAUUCCCAGAUAGCUUACAGAUCAUCUUAGGAGGUACAACUGUAAAGUCUUUUUGAAGUUUGAAAAAGGAAGUUCAACAGCUUCUACUUUAAGUCAGACUUAAGCACUCAGGCAAGAUUUAGCCAGAAGCAGAAUUUAAUUUAGGUUUCCUAACAGGAGUAGGAACUCUCAUAUCCUUUGAGGAAUUAUGUUGCAGAGGAGCUCAGACCUUGUACUUAUGGGAGCUUUAAACAAGGUGACUGCCGGCUGCCAGGGCCCCAGCUGCAUCUUCCUGCUUCUUCUUUGUGCUGGCUGGACAGCUCCUUAGACCCCUGAGCCCUGAGACUUUAUGUGUGUUGGUGGAAAAGCUGAGGCAAUGACAAAAGCGAGGAGUGCUGGGGAAGGGCCAGGAAUGUGCAGCUGGAGGCAGGCUGCCAUCAUGACGGCUGAAGAAACGGUGAACGUUAAAGAAGCUGAAAUAAUUAAGUUAAUACUAGAUUUUCUGAACUCAAGGAAACUUCACAUCAGUAUGUUGGCACUUGAGAAAGAGAGUGGGGUCAUUAAUGGCUUGUUUUCAGAUGACAUGCUCUUUCUAAGGCAAUUGAUUCUUGAUGGUCAGUGGGAUGAGGUUCUUCAAUUCAUUCAGCCUCUUGAAUGUAUGGAAAAAUUCGACAAGAAAAGAUUUCGAUACAUUAUAAUGAAGCAGAAGUUCUUGGAAGCCUUAUGUGUAAACAAUGCGAUGUCAGCAGAAGAUGAGCCUCAGCAUCUGGAGUUCACAAUGCGAGAGGCAGUGCAGUGCCUGCACGCGCUGGAGGAAUAUUGUCCCUCUAAGGAAGACUACAGCAAACUCUGCCUGCUGCUGACACUGCCCCGCCUGACCAACCACGCCGAGUUCAAGGACUGGAAUCCCAGCACUGCUCGGGUGCACUGCUUUGAGGAAGCCUGUGUCAUGGUGGCAGAGUUCAUCCCAGCCGACAGGAAGCUGAGCGAGGCUGGCUUCAAAGCAAGUAACAACCGCUUGUUCCAGCUGGUCAUGAAGGGAUUGCUCUAUGAAUGUUGUGUGGAAUUCUGUCAGAGUAAAGCAACAGGAGAAGAAAUCACAGAAAGUGAAGUAUUGCUGGGUAUUGAUCUCUUGUGUGGCAAUGGGUGUGAUGACUUGGACCUUAGCUUAUUGUCGUGGCUGCAGAACCUGCCAGCUACUGUGUUUUCUUGUGCUUUUGAACAAAAGAUGCUUAAUAUUCAUGUUGAUAAACUCCUCAAGCCUACAAAAGCUGCGUAUGCUGAUCUUUUGACACCUCUCAUCAGCAAACUUUCUCCUUACCCAUCGUCCCCAAUGAGAAGGCCUCAGUCAGCAGACGCUUACAUGACCCGCUCCUUAAACCCUGCCUUAGAUGGGCUGUCCUGUGGAUUAACAAACCACGAUAAGCGGGUCACAGACCUCGGGACCAAAACUUCUCCAAUGUCGCACUCCUUUGCUAAUUUCCAUUACCCAGGAGUACAGAAUCUCAGCAGGAGCCUCAUGCUUGAGAAUACUGAGUGUCACAGCAUUUUUGAAGAGUCACCUGAGCGAAGUGAUACUCCUGUGGAGCAACAGCGUCCCAUCGGCAGUGAGGCUUUGUGCCAAGGUUCAGUUCCAGAAAAUGAACCACUCAAUGCAGCACAGAGUCAGGGAUCAGCCAAACAAGAAAAAAAUGAGCUUCGUGAUUCAACAGAGCAGUUUCAGGAAUAUUACAGACAAAGACUACGUUACCAGCAGCACUUAGAACAGAAGGAACAACAACGACAGUUGUACCAGCAAAUGUUGUUGGAAGGAGGAGUGAAUCAAGAAGAUGGAGCUGACCAGCAACAGAAUCUUACUGAACAGUUUCUUAACAGAUCUAUCCAGAAACUAGGAGAAUUAAAUAUGGGUAUGGACAGUCUUGGAAAUGAUGUACAAGCACUUAGCCAGCAAUGUAAUGGGAGCAAAGGGAAUGCAUCUACCAAUCCAGCAAGUAACUUCACAUCACCACCCUCAGAUGGCAGUCAGAGGAUAGCAACUGAGAGCCCAAAUGUUAAUACAAGCACUCCUCGAAAGUGUGGAUCAACCAAUCAGAUCCCCUUUCCUGAACAGUCACCUGUACAGGGGAACCAAAGCAGUGUAUCAGAACAUGCUGUCACUCAGCCACAGCUGGAAGACGCUUUGGGGAAUUUAGCUAGGACAAGAGGUGAUGAGGAUGACAAAUCAAAAAAGCAAUUCAUUUGCAUUAAUACUCUAGAAGACACACAGGCUGUCAGAGCUGUAGCCUUUCAUCCCAGUGGGAGUUUAUAUGCUGUUGGCUCCAACUCUAAAACUUUGAGGGUUUGUGCCUAUCCAGAAGUAAUUGACCCAAGUGCUUAUAAUACUCCUAAACAACCUGUAGUGCGCUUCAAAAGGAAUAAGCAUCAUAAAGGAUCAAUCUACUGUGUAGCCUGGAGUCCCUGUGGACAGCUGUUAGCUACUGGUUCUAAUGAUAAAUAUGUGAAAGUACUGCCUUUUAAUGCAGAAACUUGUAAUGCAACAGGACCAGAUUUGGAAUUCAGCAUGCACGAUGGGACAAUCAGAGACCUUGCUUUCAUGGAAGGCCCAGAAAGUGGUGGUGCUAUUUUAAUAAGUGCUGGAGCAGGGGACUGCAAUAUUUACACAACAGAUUGUCAGCGAGGACAAGGCCUGCAUGCCCUGAGUGGUCAUACUGGUCAUAUUUUAGCACUUUAUACAUGGAGUGGCUGGAUGAUUGCAUCUGGAUCUCAAGACAAGACUGUAAGAUUUUGGGAUUUGAGAGUGCCAAGCUGUGUUCGUGUUGUGGGAACAACGUUUCAUGGAACAGGCAGUGCUGUUGCCUCAGUAGCUGUUGAUCCCAGUGGGCGACUCCUGGCUACAGGCCAGGAGGACUCCAGCUGUAUGUUGUACGACAUCCGGGGAGGUCGGAUGGUGCAGAGCUACCACCCCCACUCCAGCGACGUUCGCUCCGUUCGCUUCUCCCCGGGGGCUCACUACUUGCUCACGGGGUCAUACGAUAUGAAGAUCAAGGUGACAGACUUGCAAGGGGACCUCACGAAGCAGCUUCCUCUGAUGGUGGUAGGAGAGCACAAGGACAAAGUUAUCCAGUGCAGAUGGCACACGCAAGAUCUUUCCUUCUUGUCGUCGUCUGCAGACAGGACUGUAACCCUUUGGACCUACAAUGGUUAGAGUGCAAACAAAGGCAACCUAUGCAGCUGAAGCACAGAGACCUGAGACUACAGAACUGUCCAAACUAAUAAUGAGGCAUUGAGAGCAGCAGUUGAGCAGGAGAGUGUCUUAUCAAGAAGAGGGGCACUUGUCACUGGUUUUUCUGAUUUCUAGGAGGUCUUGGUGUUUUUAGUAUAUUCUUUUGCAGUGCUUCCAGUCUUCCAUGUUGAACUCAUGCUGCUGUGACCUAUUGUAGUCUUGUUGCCAAAGUCUAUGAGGAGAACUCUUAUGUUGUUGAUGUGCACUCAGAGUAACAUGAAUGAUGUGUUUACAGUUUGGUAUUAAUUGCAUUCCUUGGUCUUUGCCUCGAUAAGAAUUUUGUAAAGAACUUAAGUUGAACAACACUUUAAUCAAGUCUAUAUGUAACUAGUUACACACACACACACACACACACAUAAAACUUCCACUGUUUUUUCAGGUUCAUUGUAUUCAUCACUCCUCAACAAGAGAUCAAACUUUAUAACAUCUCCACAAUUUCAAUGUUUUUAGUAAAAACAUCUGAACUUUAAAGGCAGACUAGGCAGCAACCACAUCUUGAUUAUGGUCCAUUAUAUAGUGUGGGAUUUUUUCUUUCUUUUCAUCUAACCUGGAAAAAAUGUUGCUGUUUUUACUACAUGACAUUGUUUUGAACAAGCUAACAUGUUGGAGGGGGAAAAAGUAAAAUAUUGACUUUUUUCAGUAGAAACAUGUAAUAUUUUACUUUUUGAAUGCAACAGAAUACCUCUGUGUAUAAUGUACUGUAGAAAAGAGUGGAUUGGCAGCAGUUGUCACGGUGAGCUUAAUGGCUAUCAAUUUUUCAAGUAAAAGGGAUACCAUUAAUGCUGUAAUAGAAACCAGCAUGGCUUAAAAUGCUAUGUCUGCAUGAUAAUUUAAGAAUUGUUUAAAUUCCCAGUUCAGAAGCUUAUCUGAAUUUUAUUUCUUGCACUGUUUAUGUAUGGGAAACUGCAGUUUUAUUUCUACAAAACUUUAGAUUCUAAUGUUUAUGUAUUGUUAUAUUUUCAUAUUGUACAGUUCCUUUUACUUUUUAAAAUAUAAACCUUAAACUUUGGGUUAUUUAUUUAUUUGAACUGCAGUUAAGUUUUGGAUUCUCUUGGUUACUAAAUUAUAUGUGCACUGUAGCAAGCAUUUUUAACUAUCGUAUAAAAGUGGAAAGGUAAAUAUAGAAGUGUAUCUGUGCUAUAAUCUCAAUAAAGACCUCCAACACCUGCA